GGGGAGACGCAUGCGAGAGAAAUGUGAAGAGAGAGCGAGCAGGACAUAAAGAAUAGAGCCGGGGAGGGAGAGGGCAAAGUAUUGUAAGACUGUGAAUGCCCACAAACUGAGGCCAUAUGAUGAUGCGCGUGCUGGGGCCGUGUAUAUGCUUAAUCCUAUUUCCUUAUCCGGGGUUCGUCCUGGAGCGGCGCCAUUGGCCAACUGCUGUCACGUGGCUUCUUAACUUUGUUCACUUGACAGAAAAGUAGGAGGGUUCAACGGAACAGGAAUAACCGAAGAGUAAAGGGAUGAGAUAUAAAUUUUAGUUAUAUAUUUUCCGAGUAGGUGCAAUUCCACAAAAAGACUGAAAUUAAUGGCCAUGAGCUCCUAUUUGAUCAACUCCAACUAUGUGGACCCGAAGUUCCCACCGUGCGAGGAAUACUCACAGAGUGACUAUCUACCCAGCCACUCUCCGGACUAUUACAGCUCCCAGAGGCAGGAGCCAGCCGCCUUCCAGCCGGACUCUCUCUACCACCACCACCAUCAACAGCACCACCACCAACACCACCCACAGCCACAGCAGCAGCGCGCCGAGCCGCCGUACACGCCGUGCCAGCGCGCAGGGCAGCCAGCCUCGGUGGUGAUGUCCCCUCGGGGUCACGUUCUCCCCCCGAACACCACCAGUACAAACGCCGCCGUCGUCCCGGAGCAGAGCCACCGCUGCGAAUCGGUGACACCCAGCCCUCCUCCGCCUCCGUCUUGCGGUCAAACGCCCCACAGCCAAAGCACUUCUUCGUCCCCCGCCAGCACUCGUAAGGACCCGGUAGUCUACCCGUGGAUGAAGAAAGUCCAUGUAAACAUCGUGAGUUCAAGCUACACAGGAGGAGAACCUAAACGAUCUCGGACAGCCUACACGCGCCAGCAGGUCCUGGAGCUCGAGAAAGAGUUCCACUACAAUCGGUACCUGACGCGCAGGCGCAGGGUGGAGAUAGCCCAUACGCUUUGUCUAUCAGAGCGCCAGAUCAAGAUCUGGUUCCAGAACCGAAGAAUGAAAUGGAAGAAAGAUCACAAGCUGCCAAACACGAAGGUCCGCUCCGGAACCAGUACCAGCAACACCAAUAGUACAAACUCACAGGUUCUAACUGGCUCCCAGAACCGCUCUAGCGGACCCCUAUAGCCCGGUUCUUCUAGAUCCUCUUGUCUUCCUUCCCUUUUACCCUGUUUUGUUUCACAAACUGAACGCCGACGCGGCAGCUAUACGCUUCGAAAUCCCGGAAACCUGCACUUUUGGACCGGAUUAACGCCUUUGCUUUGGAUGGAGAAAGGAUGUCAUUGCUGCGUGUGCGGCCUGAUCUAUACUGAUGUUCCUCACUAUAAAUAUGACGUUAGGACGUGGGAGGAGAAUAGAGAGGGAGAUUUCCCAUUCAUAAAAAAUUAAAUGAACAGAAAGUAGGUGAAGAAGGAGCCUGAAAGAACUGAGAAAACGAUAGAGCUGCUUUAUGCUUCUGUCCCCUCUGUCUCUCUCGGCUUUCUUUUUAUACUACGCUCUCUCUCUUUCUCUCUGUGACGGUAUAGUCAGAAGAUAACCAGCCCGUGUGUGUGAGUGUGUAUGGUUUCUUUACUCUUUUUUUUUUUUUUUGGUGAAGAUGGAUCCUCGUUUUCAUCUUUAAUCAUGCCAAACUCGGGCCCCAUUUGUCAUGUUUACUCUGCGGGUACAAAGAAAAAAGGGGUGAACCGCAGCUCUACCCAUUACCCCCCCCCCCUCUCUCUCUCUCUUACCAAAACCACUACCCAACCCCACACACGCACACACACGCGUAAAUUAAUGGAACUAUCGUUUCGUCAAAAGAAGUAUUGUUAAACCCCGCCACACACUUUUAUCCUUAAAGUAUUCUAACAUCAAGUAUAACCUAACUCACCUCCAAAACGACACCGGACAGAUUUCUGUCUUGCUCUUAAUUAUAACAGUUUGUUUUGUUUAUUGACAAAAAUAGCUUUUUAAAUUUUAAUUCUAGGGUUUUUUUGUUUGUUUGUUUGUUUGGUUUUGCUUUUGUUUUUAUUUUUUUAAUUACGUGUUGAUUGUACAAUGAUGCUGUUAUUGCUGAGAAUGUCAUGGAGCAUUUAUGUGGUCCGCAGAUUGUUCACUUGUGAUGUUAUAUAUACAGGGAAGCACAGACUAACAGGGUGAUUAAAAUAGAAUAAAGUUAAAUUAAGGCAUUUUUUUCCACUACGAACCACACAGGGUUUUUAAAGCUGCCUAAAACAGAACAUUAUAAUACUUCAAACCAAAACCCAGUUACGAGAAAAUACAUAUGAACACAUUAUAAACGCAGCACUAUACAAUGUACGACCUAUUACCUCAGUUGUACUUACAUAUACUUUUAUUAUUUGGUCAUCUUCUUUUCUCUUGCUCGUAUAGGCCUAAUGAAGUGACUGCUAUUCAAGGUUUUAUAUUUUUGGAAUUGUGUGACAAGUUACUAUAUUAAUUAUUAUUAUUACCUGGAUAACAUAAAGCGCUAUUAAUUUCUUGUACGUGAAAUUUAAACAAAAAAUGUAAUUUAAUUAAAAAAGCAUUUGUUCUAGCCAGGGACAUUCAGAAAAAAAAUAAGGAGCAUUAUUAUUAUUGCAUGUCUGAAUUGUGUUGAUUUAUUUUUCUAUUUUUUUCCCUCUCCUCUUUUUCUCUUUGUGCCACUUUUUAGAUAUUUAAUUCUGAAAAUGUUCUUUUUGUUAAAUCUAUGUUAUUUUAUUUACAUUCCAAAGAUCAGUUUCUAUCGGUAUUGAUGAAAAUAAUAAUAAUGAUAAUAAUAAUGAUAAUAAUAAUAAUGAGAAUGGUAAUAAUGGUGGUAUUGUUGAACAUGUGUUACCUUGUACGUUGCUCCUUUUCUCGCUUAUGCCCCUCAGUGUUUACCUUCCUAUUUUUUGUAAAUAGUUCAUAGAAAUUUAAAUAAAUGGCUGAAAACUC